AUUCUACACGAAAGUAAGGGGAAAAUGGGCUCAUGAUUUGUUGUUCUGCACUAGAGUUAAUUAAGAGUAUCAAAGUGUAUGCCACUAAACUUUAGGGGAAAAUAAUUAAAAAUAAUAAAGUUGAGGGCCAAAAUAUAAUUCCUAUAAAAAAUUUGCCUGGUAUAACAGUCUCGGGCCUUCUAAACUGCGGAUAAUGAUCCAGAUCCGUUACCCGAUUUCUCACUAAACCCCUAGUUUUUCCCUUCGAACUUACGCUGCCGGUGAAGAAGAAGCUGCGAUGGCGGUAAGCUUCUCAUCACAAAGUUCUAAUGUUUCAAUUUUCGUCUUUGUUGUUUUUAUUCUCGUUUGGUGGCUUUUCGUUCGCUAUUUAUCUUGGAGGAAAAUCCUUUUGAAAGUUCUGCAAUUCGAAGCUAGGGUUUUGUUUAUGCCUGUCCAGUCUGGGAGGAUUUUGUUUAUGGAAAAGCUGACAGUCCCGGUUAAUCCUAAGCCUUUCUUGAAUAAUCUCACUGGAAAGCCUGUCAUGGUAAAGCUGAAAUGGGGGAUGGAAUACAAAGGUUACCUUGUUUCUGUGGACUCCUACAUGAACUUGCAGCUUGCGAAUGCUGAGGAGUAUGUUGAUGGGGAAAGUAAGGGAAACCUUGGAGAGAUCUUAAUCAGAUGUAACAAUGUCCUCUAUCUUCGCGGUGUUCCGGAAGAUGAAGAUGUCCCGGAUGCUGAUUAAGGCCAGUGGAAAAGGUCAUGAUACUGGCGUAUCAUCUGGUGUUUUUAUAAGUAUUUAGGAAUGUGUAAUGAAUGAAAUGGUAUCACUUCCAGAAUUUCGUUGUUUCUUGACUGGCGCAUCUUGUGAUGUAGGAAUUUGUAAUGAAUGAAAUGGUAGCACUUCCAGAAUUUUGUGUUUCUUAACUGACGUAGCUUAUGAUGUUUGUUGUCGUGUUCUACUGCUUGAUUUGCAUGCAUAAAGCGUCUACGUGGCUCGUUUAUGAUGUGCUUUCUUUGUGUGAAUCAUACUUCAUUUUGUCCUGGCUAAUUACUGUUUACUGGCUAUUCCGUGCUUCCUCUUUUUUUUAUUGGAGGCUUGAUUACUUGCCCAUUUUUCUAUAUAAUUUGAAUACGGAGGUGAAAAAUGGUGC